UAUCUUAGUCAGUUAUCUGAUAUUCAUAUACCUGCAAUCUUUUCGAUUUUCAAUGAAUUUCGAAUGCUGAUUGGAACUUUCUUUUUCACUGAAACGCCGGAGCUGAAGGAACAAAAUAAACAUGAUUCCAGCACGGUUUGUGCUCACAAUCUUAGGCUUCUUCGGUUACAUCAAUCUCUAUGCAAUGCGAGUAAAUCUCAGCGUGGCAAUGGUAGCCAUGGUAGGCAAAACUCACACAGACAAUGGAACCAAUGAAACGGUUAUAACAUGUCCUGAGUUGAUAAUACCAAAAAAUUUAACCAAUGAAAAUGACAUCGAGACAUUUGGAGAAUUUGACUGGGAUUCAAGUAUUCAAGGACAAGUAAUUGGAUCUUAUUUCUAUGGAUACAUUCUGACACAGCUUCCGGCUGGCAUAUUGGCUGAAAUGUACGGCGCCAAGUGGAUCUAUGGCAUCGGGAUUUUGAUGACAUCUCUUUUGACAUUUUUGACACCCUUAGCUGCAAGAUGGAAUGUAUGGGCGUUGGUGGUACUGAGAGCCGCAAUAGGACUUUCUGGGGGGGUUGCCUUUCCAGCAAUGAAUGUGUUGAUUAGCAGAUGGGUGCCGAAAAUGGAAAGAAGUAGAAUAUCCACUGCUAUGAAUUUAGGAACAAUGCUGGGCACUCUCGCAACGAAUAUGGUCACUGGAAUUCUGAGUGAAAGUUCUUUCUUGGGUGGAUGGCCAUCUGUAUUUUAUCUUUGUGGCUUGAUGGGAAGUGUAUGGUUUAUUUUAUGGGCUCUAUUAAUACACGAAACACCAGAUGAUCAUCCUACUAUAUCGAAAGAAGAACUAAUAUACAUUCAAGAAGGUCUUGACCAAGCAAAAAGCAAGGGUAUGAAAAUUCCGUGGAAAUCGAUCUGGACAUCACUGCCUAUGUGGGCAGUAAUUGUAGCACAUUUUGGACAGAAUUGGGCAUUUUAUACUUUGCUGACAAUGAUGCCAACAUACUUGAGUAAUGUUUUGCACUUUGAUUUAAAAGAUAAUGGAAUGGUAUCGGGCAUUCCUUUUUUGAUGAUGGCCCUUUUUGCAUUCCCUGCAAGUAUAGUAGCUGACUAUUUAAGAGCUGGUGACUAUCUACGUGUUACCACAAUCAGGAAAAUAAUGAAUAGCAUUGCAUUUUUUGGGCCAGCUUUGUGUGCGGUAGCUAUCGCCUUUGUGGGUUGCCGUCCAAUUAUCAUAAUUGUAUUAUUUUCUUUGUCCUUUGGAUUGAAUGGCUUGCUUUAUUCCAGUUUUAUGGUUAAUCACGUGGACAUGAGCCCGAAGUUUGCUGGAACUCUUCUUGGAAUAACAAAUGCAAUUGCAACAUUGCCAGGUUUUCUUGCACCAGCGUUUGUUGGAGUUAUUCUUAAAAGUGGGCAAACACUUAGAAACUGGGCAUUUGUUUACAUUAGCUCAGCUAUUAUCCAUUUCUUGUGUGGUCUUUUCUACGACAUUUUUGCUUCCGCUGAAUUACAGCCUUGGAAUGAAGAAAACGAAAAGAAAGAAACUGAAAAGAAAAACACAACAUUUUCAGAUGAAUAUGUGUACCGUUCAAAAUUAUAGAUCAUUUUUAAUUGA